AUGGUGAAAUUUAUUGAGCUGGUGAUAGAGUUCGGGGGCCUGUUCCCAACUGCAAAGGCAGGCCCUUUUCAGGCAACUUACAGUGACGCAGGAGGCUCAUCAGAAGGAGCCAACGGAUAUGUGGUCCGCGGCAGCGGUUCCUGGCAUUCCUAUGAGACUAUUGAUGUCAACAUAAACCAGGCAAUAGCGAUCACCGAGAGCGGCGCGGGUGCCCAAGUUGACUGCGUUCCUGGAUACCAACAGACUAUACAGUCGAACGUGAACAUAUUGCCUCGAUUCGUGGAGCAAGAAGUGACCUGGACGGACAGCCAAGGACAAGCUCGAGCAGCAUUUAAAUCUUGGCCAGACAACUGGCGAGCCUCCGGAGCGGUGGGCCGCGCGCGCAACCCGAAUAAGGAUUCAGCAUGGAACUGGGAACUUAAUAGUGAAAAGUCAUUUACUUUCCACCUUUUUAAUUCGGAUUCGCUUACAACCUCCACGGGCUCAGCGUAUGAGGUGUUCAACCAUAAGCUGAAAGGUGGCGCCAGCGGCAAACGUCCUAAAAACGACAUAGACAUCGUGGUUGCCGCAAUCAAUACCUUUGAUAACAGGAAAUAUAGAAUGCCAAGUCACAACGCUUUCUCAAAGUUGAAGAUCGUUUGA